AUGAGCCACCAACUGUUUACCGUGAUCCCAAACCGGAUUCUCAACAUCUUAAUCAGCCCCGGGGGACGUGGAAAACUGGGCCGGCCCCUUGAUUUCAACGAAGACCUGGAUCUGGAAGGAGUAGACAUGCCACUACGUCUUAUCGUCCCGUUAGCUCUCUACAUGACUCUUCCCCUUCUGCUUCGCUACAUCCUCGGGCAUGUCGCGUCGACACUGUUGAUUCUUGAGGCUUCCCAGCAAGACAAGGCCAUGACAGAGAAAGAAGAGAGAAUAAUCAAAAAGCGCUCUACUUUCCGAAGUGUCCAAGAUGCCUUUCGACUUAUUUACCAGACACAGGGCAUAUACACCUUCAUCCGGGCAAUGAUGAUUGGCUCAGCAUAUUUAUUUACACACAACUUUGUCGGGUUAAUACUAGAAACGUUCAUAUUCCGAUAUGACUUGAUCAAACCUCUAGCGUUCGGCUGUUCCUCGGCACUUCUUUGUGAAUUCCAUCUGGCCUUUACUUGCGCUACUGUCUCAGCGAAGCGCGUCCCAAUUCUGCUGCGGAGAACGCCUGACCAGAGCCGGUGGAAACAGCUAGCUAUACCUGCUCUGCUGUUCGGUCUUACGGAGGCUCUGAUGAACCAUCUAUACGAUUUCGUGGCAAUGGCGCUCAUAUCUCAGGAGGAGGCCCUCACAAGUAAGCGAGCCGCAGCAGAGGUCUUGGCUGUGGUGAUCAUGCUUGCAUUUCGACUGAUCGCGCUUCUCCCGACAUGUAUCACACUUACUCUCGCAGAGGCGGCGUUUUUGCCUGUUGAUCUAGAAACAGUCGUUCCUUCCCCCACCAAGGAACGUGGCUUGAAGAUUGGAGAGUUGGUUGGAGAGAAGAAACCAUCAACUGGUCUUCGGGCACUCACUGGUUUUCUCGAGCCUGUUCGAACAUCCAGGUAUAUGUGGCUCAUCGAACUCCAUCUCAAAAAGUGUUUUAUUCAAAUAUGUUUGGAGGUCGUUCUCAUCUCUUCUCUUGUGGUAAGUUUUGCCUUAACGGAGUUCGACGAUUCGGAAUGA